GUCCUGAAUCUCGGAGUAUAUAGAUGGCAAUUGAACUUUUUUCCUUUUCUUAACAAUUGAGUCAGAUCCAAUAUCUCUUCACCCCUUUACUCCUCAUUCGAUACCCAUCGUCGCAUUGCUUUGCUCUAUAGUCCCUACUUUGCAUUCUUAAAAGAGCUUGGAGAGGGCCAUUUGCUGUUCUGUUGAAUCACUGACAACCAAAAGAAAAAACUCAUCCCAGGCUUUUUGCUUCUUCAAAUCGUCAUCGACAAUAAUGGCUCCAACUCUUGAAGCCACGCCUCCUCGCACGCCACUUGAAACUACCACUUCGCAGCUCAGUAACAAUGGCGUCGCGCAUACUCUAGAACAAACGACACAAUCAUUAAAUGCACACGCGAAGGGCUUGCCGCGCCUCGCACCGCUAGAUGCCUCGAAAUUGCAGCUAACGUACACCACAUCGCCACGCACUCCUCCCGUGCCUGGCUCCGCUGAAGAGGCGGCGCAAAAAACAUGCACCGACCACAUGAUAACAUGUAAAUGGACACACACUGAGGGGUGGCAUGCACCCGAACUUAAGCCGUACGGCCCACUGAGUUUGAUGCCCACUGCCUCAUGCUUGCACUACGCCACGGAAUGCUUCGAAGGUAUGAAACUGUACCGCGGCAUGGACGGCAAGCUGCGGCUCUUCAGACCCGAUCUCAACGUGAAGCGCAUGAACAUGAGCGCAACCCGCAUCGCCCUGCCCGGCUUUGACCCGGACGAACUGUUGAAGCUCGUCGCAAAGCUCUGCGCCGUCGACGGCGCAAAGUGGCUUCCGAAGGAAACGCGCAAGGGAGGAUUUCUCUACAUCCGACCGACGAUGAUCGCUUCGGAUCCCGCGUUGGGCGUGCAAAAACCCAAGGAGGCGUUGCUGUACAUCAUCUUGUGCUGCUUCCCGGCCAUGGACACGAACACGGCCGGCAUGAGGCUGCUGGCGAGCAGGGACGACAUGGUACGGGCCUGGCCCGGCGGUUUUGGGUUCGCAAAGGUCGGCGCCAACUACGGGCCAACGUUGCUGUGCCAGGGUGAAGCCCGGAGCAGGGGCUACGAUCAGAUCCUGUGGCUCUUCGGCGAGAAGCACAACCCGCUCAUCACCGAGGCUGGGGCCUCGAACUUCUUCGUCAUCUGGCGCAACAAGGAGACGGGCAAGAGGGAGAUGGUCACCGCGCCGCUGGACGACAAGAUCAUCCUAGAUGGCGUCACUCGCAGAUCUGUCCUCGAACUUGCGAGGACGCGGUUGCAUGAUAUGGACGUCGUCGAGCGUAAAAUCGGGAUCAAGGAGGUUUGGGCGGCCCACGAGGAUGGCAGGCUUGAGGAGGCCUUCGUCUGUGGAACGGCGUUCUUUGUGAGCAGCGUCAGCUGCAUCAACUGGCGAGAGCAGGAGAUGAAUAUCAAGGUCGACGAAAAGGGCAUGGGCCACUACGCGGGUCAAAUCAAGGACUGGCUGAAAGGCAUAAUGUACGGUCUUGAGAGCAAUUCUUGGGGCUACAUAGUGGAAGAGCAAGCAUAGAGAAGGUGUUGAAAAGCGCGGACAAGCUUUAUUCGUGGCACGGCGUUUGCGGAACAUUCGGGUUGGCAUGAGAUUUUAUGAAGAAAAAUAUAUCCUUGAGCGGGGGAAGGGGUGGAAAAAACAAGGGCCAGCAGAUACUGAGAUUUUCCAUGCGCCGAUUGGCGUUUUUGGUAAUGCGAGUCCAGAGUUUCGUUACGGCAUCGUCCUCCCUGACUUGAAAGCGCAAAUUCCAUUGA